UGCUUGUCACGCAGACAGCGAGGCUGUGGUGGCCGGUUGUUUCACACAAAGCCUCCGUCUCAGGUAGAGAUCACCAGCACUGUCACCAAGGUUCGGCACAGGCAGCGGCCUUCUGCAAAGGCUAACAAAACAAACUGAGACCACAACAAAACCAUACUCUGAUCUGGGAACACAAACUGGAUAAGUACAAAUAUGAUCUUUGCACUGAGAUGGAUGAAAGUACCUUUGAGACAUUUGAGGGAGAUAUAGGUCCUGAGGAGGGUUUGGAGGAGCUGCCAGCGCCGGGGGAGAGCCUCCCCAAGACAACAAAACAGCUCCGCAAUCAAGAUACUCGGAUUGCAAAGACAAGCAGAGGCCAGUCUAGUGGGGUAUCACGGGAAGUGGAAGGUUUUCAGACAGUAGAGCAAGAGUUGGUCCAAGCUCAAGAGACGGCGCUGUCCACGAACCCACCUCCUGCUAAACAGAAAGCAAAGCAAGCUAUCCCAGAGAAGCCAACGAGGAAGGCAGAGCCCAGAGCAGAGUGGCCGGUCUGUGCUGAAGAGCCGUCUCCCUGGAACGGGAUCACACUGAACCACUGCCUCGUCGUGGCGACCGUCAUCGUGCUGGUCAGCAUGGGCUUCCAGAUGCUGCAGGAGGCUGUCAUUACCGAUGACGAAGUCAGCGAUCCGGAGUCUGAUGUUCUCUCCUGGUCUGAUAGCAACGCAGUGGAAGACAAGACAGAGCAGCCAGAGUCCUCGUUCUUCGGCAGCCUGAUGUGGUGGUCCUGGGUCCCGGAGGAAGAGGACUCGGAGGAGGCUGAGGCUGGAGGAAGGAGAUCGGAGUCGAGGCAUGCCACAGCACGAGGGCGCAGAGAUCAGGAGCAGGAGGGAGGGGGGAGAGGAAGAGCAGAGAAGAACAGGGUGAGGCGCAGAGCAGGGGGGAUCAGGGAGCUCCUGAAGAACAAAGAGGAGAAGAAGGGGGGCCGGAAACACGAGGAGAAACCCCCAAAACAGAGGGAACACAAGCAGACGGAGCACAAGCACAGAGAGGACAGGACGAGCCCAAAAAGACGGGAGGACAGCGAUGACGACAAGAAGAGCAGCUCCAAGGGCAACAGGAUGAGUCUCCUCGCAGACAAGGGCGUGCUCAAGAAGGGGGAGCGCGGCAAAUACCAGCUGAAGGGCGGCAAGAGGAACGAUUAACAAAAA